AGUCCAGGAGCAAUUUGGAAAUACUCCUAAACUUAGACUGUAUGACUAUAUAAUGAGAUUUUAAGGAUGACUGGCACCACAAAAAGCAACUUCCAAGUUGGUUUGACUCUAAAAGGAUGUUCUCUGGUUUAAGCUUAGCUGUCUUCCUUUUCUUGGCCACAUCAAGUGCCCGCAUUACUGGCCAACCCUGCCUGUUAUCAGCCCUCCUGCCUGCUGGUUUGAGGGUCAACUGCAGCACUAUAAACCUCAUUGAGCUGCCUCAUCUACCCUCAGACACCACAGAGCUCCAUCUGCAGGACAACCGGCUCACCUCAGUGUAUCCUGGCCUGUUUGACAGAUUGGUGGAUCUGAAAAAGGUCUCACUAUCUGGGAACCCCUUCCACUGUGACUGUAGGAUCCGAUACCUGAGGAACUGGCUGCUGAAGAACAGGGCUAUUGUCUCAAAGGAACCCACCUGUGCCAGUCCAAGCUCUGUGGCUCAGAAAGCCAUCUCGGAUCUCAGUGAUGACUACUUUUCUUCCUGUACGCCAGCAAGCUGUACUGAUGGGACUUACAACAUUGUGGUGGGGGUGGUGCUAUGCUGCCUAAUUGUUCUGCUUCUGUGGAGCUUGAGACUAGCCAAAAUAUCCACCUUCACUCUGUACAUACUUGAGAGACAUUCAGGCUUUGAGGCAGACUCUUUGCGCUCCCUGAAGCCUAAGCACAGGAGGAGGCUGGACAUUGCGCUGUCAGAUGUGAGCCCUGACUCUGAUUCUCUCACUUGUACGGAGGAUCUAGAAAAGCCACUUAUCAACAUGGAGCUACUGCCACAAGUACUGGAUGUGUUGCACAGGAAGCACAAUAUAAAGAUAAAGGCUACCUGAGGGACCUCUGUAAGUGAAAUUACAAAAACACUACAAGUGACAAAUUGAGUUGAGGGCAGAGACAAGGCAGCAUGACAGAUUUCUUAAUGGGAUAUUUUUGUCCUAAAGUCGUUUUUAUGCUAAACCACUACAGAGAGGAUGUCUGGGUAACUGUAACAAUGUAACCUGAUUUUAUUCAGGUAAAUGUGCCUCAUUUAGGCAUGUAAGAUAAAUAUAUGAGCCAAUUGAAAGGUGUCUUUUGCUGUACGCUGCAAAUCUUAACAUACACUAUUUCAACAUUUUUUGGAUAAAGCUCAAUACAUGUGCUCAUUAUAGGUAAUUUAACAGAACAUGUAAGAGUAUUUAAAACUAUUUUGGCUUGUAAUUGUAGUGGAAAUUACUGAGACCUAAUUGGAAAUUCCUAGAUACUCAUCAGUCUAUGCAUUCUAUAUAUUUAUCUUACAACUGAUCCUACAGGACUCUUAUGACUGAGCUGGUUGAGGAUUUAUGUUUAAAAGCAGAUAGACAUAACUUAAUAAGAAAGAUCUACACUAUGCUGUUACAGGUGGAAUGUUAUUGGUUGAAAAAUCACACAGACAGUUUGCAAACGUGUGUAACUAUUCCUUAUAUUGUCUUAAGUUACAAUACUAUUUACAAUGAGUGAAUUACGACAAAUGGUCAAAUUUGGGGCAGUAAAAGCUUUUGAUUGACAUUGUACUUGCAGCUAAAUUAAUGUCUAGUUAGCUUUUGCUUCUGGAAUUAAAAAUUUAAAGCAUAAAAAUGAAUUUGUACAUCAUAGCAAACAGAUUAUGGCGUGAAGAUAUGGUAAUAUUUAACAAAGAUGAUCUGUGCAAAUAAUGGUCAAGGCUCUCACAACUAGCCAAAAAUGCAGACGGACAAUACUAUUACAGGACAAUAUUGCACAUCAAACAGUUGUUUUUACAGCACAAGCAUUACUCACAUAUUCAUGCAUAGAUUGUCCAAGAUAAAUUGGUAAACAAAUGGCUAAAAAUGCAAAUAAUAAAAAGUCAUCUUGAGAA